AUGCCAUUCUCAGAAACCGGAGUGUCGAUGCUAGUACCCUUACGUCUCGUGGCAGGAAAUAGAAAGCCCUCAUUUCUUACGCGUCUUCCUUCUGGUAUUAUAGCCGCAACUGUGGCUGUUUGCGGCUUUUCUGCGUCUAUUUUAACAUUCUGGUUUUAUGUGCGUUGUCAAGGCACAGAUUCUGGGGAAACAACUUCAAGACGUACGAGGCUAGUGAUUGUGCUAUGCUUCCUCAUGUUGGUAAUCAUAACAGCUUGUUGUGGUGCAAUCAUCAUCUAUUUGCAAGUCGCACCAAGGCAAGUUCCCCUUGUAAACUACAACACGAAUGAUUUCAUAAGAAAUGGAAGAAGUGUUGGAUAUCAAACGGGAUCUUUUGUUCGUAAUAUGCUCAUUCAAAGAGGCUUUUUGGAAUCACAAUUGAAGUCCUAUUCCAAUGAAAAAGAACUUGUAAAUCUACUUUCCAAAGGAAGUAAAGGAGGAGGUGUUGAUGCAGCAAUUGAUGAAACACCGUAUCUUAAGGUUUUCGUUGCCGAACGUUGCAAUGUUUACACCCUUGUGCCUUCAGCAGCUUUGCAUGCCGAUGGUUUUCGCUUCGCUUUUCGAAAAGAGUCUCGCGCUGAUCUAGUACGUGAUAUCUCUAUAGCAACAUUAAAAGUGACAAACAACGAUGAACAACUACGUAAUAUCAAAGACAGGACAAUUGGUGAUCUGGAAUCAUGUCGUGAAAAUCCAACAGAUGCAACUCAACUUAUAAAUUGGAAACCUAGCAUGUGGAUUUUGAUAACAGGAAUCGCUGGGGUUUUGGCUCUUAUGCUCGUCUGUUGUCCUGUGUAUUUUGAAUGCUACAAGUCAAACACGAGUUACUAG